CUUAUAUGCUGAGAAAAAAAUCAAACACAAGUAAAGAAAAGAAACUGUGCCAAAGCAAAAAUGAGACAUCUUCUUUACAUUUUCUUCCUCAUUCCCUUUCUCUGUUUUGCAGGAGCUGGUCAAGAAUCAACACCCAUUGAAGCUCUGAAUCUCCAUCAGAGAGUCCUUCAACUUCGUCAAACUGCUGAUCUUGAUCUAGCUGUUUCUGUGAGUGACAACAGAACCAUUACUGAGAUUUCUUCAAGCAUCAUUGAAGCUGAAACUUGGCUUAAAAACCAUGUUCUCUCUCGCUACCCUUCCACCAAAAUCACCACCAUUGUUAUCUCUCCCCCUGAUUCUUGCCAAACCACACAACACAAACCCAGCUUUGAUCUGCUUUUGUCAUCUUUGAAGAACCUAUACCAUUCUCUUACAAGAUGGGGUCUUGAGCAGAACAUCAAAGUCUCCUCUGGCUUCUCUUACCAAUGCUUUAACAAACCGGAAACCCUUAAAUAUCUUGAAAUGUUCAAGCCUAUUUUUGUCUUUAUCAAAUCCAUAAACUCCACUUUCACCAUAAACCCACCUCUAAAUUUCCUUUCUUCACCUGAUAAUCAUCUUGAUUUGCUUCGUUCCGUGGAAAAGUUCGGAUCUCUGAGAUUCAACAAGGUGAAUAUCUUAAACCCUGAACCAGAAGAAGCUACAACGACGACGACAAGAAGAAAUCUGAGAUCUUUAAUCGACUUUAGCAGAAAAAUCACAGUCAAUUUCCCAACACUACCCUCUCCAUCACCGGAAAGCUCACCGAUUCACUCCUCAAUCGGAUCUCCACUUAGAAACCCUAAACCCCCAGUUUCCUCCCCUCCCCAAUAUUCGCCGGAGAAAUCUCCAUCACCUCUUUCGAGUCCAGGGCUCUCACUUCCGCCGUGCAUUCGUACUCCGGCGCCGUCUCCGUCACCGGUGAAUAAGAAGGACGUGGAAGGGCUGUGGUGCGUGGCGAAACCGAGCGUAGCGGCGGAGACAUUGCAGCAAUCUUUGGAUUUUGCUUGCGGGCAAGGAGGAGCUAAUUGCGAUGAGAUCAAGCCACAAGGGAUAUGCUUCUACCCAGACACGGUCAUGGCUCACGCCUCUUAUGCUUUCAACAGUUACUGGCAGAAGACUAAGCGAAGCGGAGGCACUUGCUCUUUCGGUGGCACCGCCAUGCUUAUUGCAACUGACCCUAGUUAUCAGCAUUGCCGAUUUGAUCUGACUUGAGGUUUGUCGGACAAUGGAAGAUCUACAUGGAAGCUAGAAGAAGGAAUAUUUUCUCGUAAUUUAUUAGUUUUAAGAAUCUGUAGGUUUGUUGUUAAUUGGGGUCUCUUAUCAUUCGGUUAAUCAAAAUGGAUGG